GCUCCCUCGUCAGCAAUCCUUUUUAAUUGGAAAGAAUAUAAAUAAAUCCCUUGGUAAAACAGAAUGUACACUUCUUCAUUAGAUUCAUAGAUACCUACAACUUCUGCUUUAAAUCUCUCUUCAAAAGCAAUAAAAAUCGUAGUUCGACAAAUUUGACCAGUAUUUAAUGAUUGGAUGGCUUUUCUCCAUUUAUAUCCUGGACAGCUUACUUCCACAGUAAGAAAAACUAAGCUGGAAUCAUUUCACCUGGUUCUUGGACUCUCUGGAGAAGUUGCUUUAUGCGAACGAAUCUUGGGUGAGAUAAGAUCUUGGAUUAGACUUGAAAUGAUUAGAGUCUUUAUUUCUACAACUUUCCACUUUUGACCAACUCUAAAAACUAAGCUCUAAGUGUUAACUUUAUUAAUGUAUUCUUUUUCCUAAAAUUAGUGAUGUUUAGAGGGUAAUGCUUAAAUUUUAGAUUGACAGUUUUAAUUUAGGAAUGAGCUGAAUUUUUGUAUUUCUUUAUAGGUAAAACAAAACAACUACAAAAUUUUCUUAUAAGCAGGUUUACCUCUAGGAAUGACGGUGGUGGUGGUGACAGUGGUGAUGGCAAUGACAAAGAUAGCAGUGGUGGCAGUAGUAAUGAUUGUGGUGGUGGCAGUGUUGGUGAUGAUACUGGUGUUGGUGGUAAUGGCAGUAGUAGUUGCAGUGUUGGCGACGACAGUGGUGACCACAGUGAUGAAGGUGGUGGUAGUGGUGGGGACUGCCUUGGUAAUGCUGGUGGUUUGGUGACGGUGAGGAUAGAGGUAAUUUAGGAGCAUUCUGUGGAAACACUGAGAAAUUAUUGUAGAUUCCAAUACCAAAAAUUAAAACAUUAUUGCCACUUCCAUUCUACAAAAUUCUGCUGGAGUUAGUUACAAACCCACAAAUUUGCCAUUAAUUUUUAUGAAAACAAAGCAAAACAUGGGGUAAUAUAUGCACUAAAGAGGUUACUUUAAAGUACUUUAACGGUAAGAGAAAAACCUAGCUUGAUACUCAGGAAGCUUCAGAGCUACAAGUCCACUGACUAUAUAAAACUGACAGUCCAAGUGCAAUCACUAGAGCCAUCUAGGUACUUAGAUUUCGAUGGAGGUAUUAUAUAUAGCCCAGGUGAAUUCAGAAAGAAAUAUCAGCUCCAGAGUCCAGCUUCCUGGAUUCAAAAGCAGGCUAUAUUAUGCAGUAACUCUGUGGACUCAAGGAAGUGAACAAGUCACUAUGCUUAAUAAAUGUUAUUGUUAUUACAGUUAUUAUUUUGAGAUGAGUACAUCGAUUAUUGACAAAUCUACUUAGAGAAAGAAUAAUUGUCCUUUAUGAAAGGAGUUUAAAUGUUUACUUACUAAAAAUUCUUCUGAAUUAUAUUCUGAUAUAGAAUGCAUGCUUCUAUAAUAAUAAAAAUAAUACAAAUGAAAAGGAAUUGAUAUAAACAAGAAAGACAAAACUGAUAGAAACAUAAAAGCUGUCUAAUACCUUAUUGUCAGGCAUGACCAUUUUGUAAGGAGAAUUUACCAAUAUCUUUUUUUUUUAUCCAAGUGGAUCCCUGGUGGCACAGUGGAUAAGAGCAACAGCUGCUAAUCAAAAGGCUAGCAGUUCAAAUCCAUCAGCCGCCCCUUGGAAAACGUUUGGAGUAGUUCUACUCUGUCCUGCAGUGUUCUGAGUUGGAAUCAACUUGACGGCAAUGGGUUUGGUUUGGUUAUCCAAGUGUAAAAUGUUCCUAUCCUGUGAUUUUACAAUUCUAUUGCAGAAACUCACUUUACAGAAAUACUUAAAUCUAUUGCUAUAUAUCUUUACCUGUAUCUAUAUUGUUAUAACCUGGCCCAGUUGCUGUCUAGUUGAUUCUGACUAACAGUGACCCUAAAGGACGUGGUAGAACUGCCUCACAGGGUUUCCAAGGAGCAUCUGGUGGAUUCCAACUUACCAUCUUAGCUCUUAACCACUGUGCCAAAACUCAUAGCAACCCUGUAAAACAGAGUAGAGCUGCCCCUAUAGAGUUUCCAAGGAGCACCUGGAAACUGUUCAGCAGCUGCAGGUCUGAACCACUAUGCAACCAGGGUUUCCCUGAUAUAGUCAUAGAUAUAUCAAUACAAGACAUUCACUGUAGCAUUGUAGCAGCAGAAAAUUGGGAAUAUUAUAAAUCUCCUUAUACUGACCUGGAAUGUUGUCAAUGAUAAAUCAUUGAUUAAAAUUCAAUGUACAGUGCAUUUGCAUACAUGAUGCCAGCAAUGUUUAUAUAAAUUUAUAUUAUUAAAAUGCAUUUAUAAAUAUGCAAAUUCAAUAUUUCUAAAUAAAAAUGCAAAUCUGGAAGGAUAAAUGACUUUUAGCUAAUUACACAGCUAAAAAGCGUUCCAGAAGUCGAAAUUAGAACCUGAUGUACAUAACUCUAAGACCUUAGCUUUCUGUUCUGCCCUGAACCAUGUCUCUUAUCCCUCCUUCUGGGUCUUUGCACAUGCUGUCCCCCUGCUGGGAAUAGCCUUUGUCUAGCUUUAAAACUUCAAUAAUUUACUUUUCUUUCAUUUCUUCAGUUAUCACUUAUUUCUUUGUCAUUAUUUUAAAUUUACUAGGUCUGCCCUUAUUUAAGGAAACAAGCCACAUCUGAUGCUUUUUAUUGUUCAAAUUUGCAGCAUCCUCUGAGUUUUUAAAAUACUUGUUGUCUGCUUAAAUAAUUAGGGAAUAAGAGGGAAGUGGACUGACAAAGAAAAAGAAAAAUGUUAACUAAGAUUGUCCCUUUCUUCAUUUGAGCGGUCUUUCGAAAAUGUUCUUCAGUGAACCAUUGUGGAAAGAGAAAAGAAAUAUCACAAAAGUAGCUGAGGGUUGUGAUUCAGAGCUGAAUUGGAAAUUUGGGGUAUGGUUUGAUCCUUGAUUAUGGCUGAAGCAAGUCUAGAAAUACAAAUGUUUACCGACUAAAGCUGAUAGCUGUCAUCAUUGAGUCUGACUGACAGAGAAAUAAUAGCCAGUCCCUGAUAUCAAAUCCACUCUCAAGCCUGGAGAAAGGGCUAAUACUAGUAUUCUCUAUUCAGUUCAGAGUUCACUGCCGUUUCCUUUUGUUCUAUAAAAUAUCAUUAAUUGUAUUGGUGCCCACUUCAUCUUUAGUAAUCUAUUAAGAACCUUGAGAAAUGUGAAGUCCCAGGUGAUACAGUUUAUGGCCUCGGCUGCAAACCAAAAGGUUAGAGGUUUGAAUCCACCCAGAGAUACCUCGAAAGAAAGGCCUGGCAAUCUAUUUCUGAAAAAUCAGCCAUAGAAAACCCUAUUGCUCACAGUUCUACUCUGACAUUCAUGGGGUCACCAUGAGUCAGAAUCUACUCCAUGGCAUCUGGUCUAGACUUUGGUUGGCAAGUAACUGUCACUAUGUUGAGAGCAUUAUGAAUUUCCCCUGAGAUUCAUUCUGUCAGAGAUAUGUGAGAAAUAAAGCUGUCCAGCUUCCACUAGAAUCCACAGGUAUCUUUUAAAAAUGUAAGCCUGAUUUAUAAUUCAGGCUAUUUACAAUUAAGAAAUUAUAAUACUCUUUUGUUUUAUACUCUCCCUUGGUUUCCCAUUGCCCUCAGAAAUUCCUUGCCUUGUCCUAAAAUUCUCUGGUUUACCUGGUUACUGCCUCUACCUCUCCAAACACACAUUGAGCCAAAUGAAUGACGCCAAAUAGUCACUAACUAUAAACACUAUGUUGCUUUUUUAGAUUUUCCGACUCUCAGCCAGCGCUCAUAUCAGUACCUGGUAAAUGCGAAACCAAAACAAUGUGACUGAAUUCAUUCUUUUGGGUCUUACGAAAAACCCAGAGCUGAGGAAAAUAUUUUCUGCUGUGUUUCUAAUCAUGUAUGUUGUCACCAUGUUGGGAAACCUACUCAUUGUGGUAACUAUGACUGCAAGUCAGAGUCUGAGGUCACCUAUGUAUUUUUUCCUUACUUCCUUGUCCCUCAUGGAUGCCAUCUUUUCUUCUGUCGUCGCCCCCAAGAUGAUUGUGGAUUCCCUCUCUGAGAGCACUACCAUCUCCCUCAAAGGCUGUAUGACCCAGCUCUUUGCAGAACAUUUCUUUGGUGGAGUGUCAAUCAUCCUUCUCAUUGUGAUGGCCUAUGACCACUAUGUGGCCAUCUGUAAGCCCCUGCACUACAGGACCAUCAUGAGUUCUCGGAUGUGCUGCCUGCUGCUGGGAGGGGCCUGGGUGGGAGGAUUUUUGCAUGCAAUGAUACAGCUUCUCUUCAUGUACCAAAAACCUUUCUGUGGUCCCAAUGUCAUUGAUCACUUUAUGUGUGACUUGUUUCAGUUGCUGACACUGGCCUGCAUGGACACCUGCGUCCUGGGCCUCUUGGUCAUCCUCAAUAGUGGGGUGAUGUGCGUGACCAUCUUUCUUAUCCUCAUUGUCUCCUACAUGAUCAUCCUCUGCUCUUUGAAGUCUUAUAGCUCUGAAGGAUGGCGCAAAGCCCUGUCUACCUGUGGCUCCCACCUCACAGUGAUUGUCUUGUUCUUUGUGCCAUUUGUUUUCUUGUACGUAACACCUGUGGCCACUUAUCCCAUAGACAAGGCAAUGGCUAUGUCGGAGUCUAUCAUCACACCCAUGUUAAAUUCCUUGAUCUACAUCCUGAGAAGCACAGAGGUGAAAAAUACCAUGAAGAAACUUUGGAUGCAAUGAGAGACUUUAGAUGGCAAGUAACUGUCAUCAUGCUGAAAACAUUAUGAGUUUCUCCUAAAGAGAAGUCAUUCUUUCCAAGAUGUGUGAGAAAUAAAACAGCCCAAGUUCCAGAAGAAUCCAGAGGGAUCUUUUAGAAAUACAAGUCUGAUUUAUUGUUUAGGAUAUUUACAACAUAGAAAUUAUGAUACUGAUUUUCAAGGUUUCUUUUCUUCCUCCUAAUCUCAUCCUUGUGGUGGUUACCCUUUCCCCUUUAGCCUUCCCCAGGUCAGUCCUUUUACCUCACUACUGGAACUCCAUUAUCAGAUCUAAGAGCUAUAAUUCAUUUUGUAGUUUUUCCUGUUUACAGGUAAAGUUUAACUAUACAAACUUUUGUCCAUAAAAUGUACCUUUCACAUGUGUGCACACAAGUUAUUUCUCAAAUUCGAGUACUGUGUAAGCCCUUCCUAAGGAGAAAUCAGUUCUUUUGAAUUUCGGCAAUGAUACGAAUCAUGAUUUCACAUUUCUAAUGUAACGAGGUGUUAAGAUUGAAAUUUUGGCUACACAUGAUAAGUGAAAUUACAAAGUGCGUUCCAGAUCACACCAUACCUGCUACUACAGUGAAGGCAGUGAAUGAUGAAGAUAAGAACCCUCACAACUAAGUAAAGAAUAUGAAACCUGGUCAGUAUAAACUGGAAGAGUGGUUUGUGAGAACAGCUUUGGAUGUAGAGAAUUCCCCUGCCCCACCAUGGGAGUAGAGGUAUGCCUGCCUCUCAUGUCGGUACUCGUUUCUCUGAUGUUUCUGUGGAAGGACAUGUUUGGAGUUACCUACUCUGCCAUUUGGCUGACAUCACCUCCUACUUUAAUUUUUAAUUGUCUGUCAACCAGAGGUCAUAGUACCUUAAAAUUCCAGUCAAGUACCUUAAAAUUUGUUUGUAUUUGUGAGUGUGUGUGCAUUUACACAUACAUGUGUACGUGCAUGCUGAAAGGGCACUUCUAGAGAGUGCUAUUCUGACAGACUAGCAUAUGAUCCUCCACAUUGGUGGCUGCAGGGACUGAGAUCAGAAAAAUCUAGGCAGAAAGAGAGACUUAGUGGUAUCAGCACAGGAUUGCCCAGUAGGGCAGGCUCAGCUACAGGUGUCCAAUGUAUCAUCUUCAAGGAGCAUCCUAUCAAAUGCUCAUACUGGCAAAAUGACAAUCUGAAUUCUGCAACUUUCCAGUCUCCUACAGAUUGGCUCAUGUUGACCAAAUUCAUAUGGUACUAGAAAAAGAUUUGUAAAAGGAAUUUGGUGGACACACAUGCACACGAUUAUCCUGUGAUUAGUCAGCACAUUUCUUUCUGGAGAAAAAUGUCUACAAGAAGUUAAAUUACCAAGUGAAAAUGGUCAGGUGUUGAUAGAAUCCAAGUAAGGCUCAUUAUAGGUUGUUUACAAUGGUUAUGAGCUUUAAGUACUCAUAGUCUAAUGCAGUCCUCUCAGAAUAUUAAAUGUGUAUAUAAUGGACCAAUAACAUGUUGAUAUACAUUGACUGCUU